AUGGCCGGCACCUACAGGACGACUAUCAUCAUCGUCAUCUGCAUAGUCAAUGCCCGUAUAAGGCCCCACCUUAACGACUGGGGUGCUCCUCCCCCGCUCUAUGUGCCUUCGCAGGAUCCACCUGUCCCCGCCGGUGCUCACAUCGCCACCGCCGACGUCAUGACUUCGCGGGCGACCAGCAACGAAUCCCCCAUGGACGAGGUCGAGGAAGUGUUUCGGGUACUGCGCGGCCAAGAGCGCGUGGUGGGCGUCAUAGCCACCACGGCCGACGGGGCGCCGAUCAAGUCGACGCUCGAGGACGACGCCGAGACCGGACGGUACGCGCAGCUGGCGGCGGGUCUUUGCGAUCAGGCCAGGAGCUCCAUGAGCGACGCGGGUCCCGGGGAGGAGCCGACGUUCCUCAAGAUGAAGACCCGUCACCACGAGGUCGUCAUCUCGCCCAGCAAGAGGUACACGCUCGUCGUGCUCACCGAAAUCCCGCAGCCGUCCGCCGAGGCUGGACAGUGAGGAGCCGGCCAAGCUUGUCUCAACAGGCGCCUUCCAACUGUAUAGCAGUCACGUGAUUUGUGUAGUUACCUCCAAUCAAAUUGCACAGCCACGCCCUGUUCCUUACUUCGGCAGCGUGCGCGAGUGAAAACGAUGCUUUGCAAAUUGUGUCACGGAGGCGCAGUCUAGACAUGACGCUGCUUUGACAUGUAUGCGAAGGAAAACAGAAUGUAAACAGAAAAGAUUCAACGCACAGCGUUUCCGCAGUUCUAACAAUUUUUUUCCGUUGCGGUGUCCAGUGGCGUAGGCAGAAAUUUUUUUAGGGGGGUGAAAGGGGG